CACUACCCCGCUCAUUACUUUCUUCCUAUCUGUUAUUGGUUUUUUGUUAAGCCCAUUUGCGCUUAUAAAAUCUUUCCUUGCUUUAUAAUGCAGAGUACUCUGUAUUUUAACUUUUCAAUGGAACAAUCAUGCAUGUUGUUUUUAAACUUCCAAAACUUUUUUUAUAUGUUCAUAGCAUAUGAUGUGGUUUCUCUUUGCAGCUUGGAGUUUUACUAGACAUGAUGAUUUCCUUCUACAGUCUUCCAGCUCUCUCAUUUGUGUUACUAUACUCAAAACUGCAACACAAGUAUACUCUGACAGAUGAUUUUCUAGAUGCGGUGACAGUGCUAAUUGUUAUUCAUCAUGGCUUUGGGCCUGGUUCUAUGCUAGGUUUGGAUACAAGAUGUGAGCUACUACGACUUUUGCUUGGCUUCGAAUGUGCAAACUUGACUCUUAUUAGUUAAGGUAGGGCUGAUUGGGAGUGUAGCAGAUCUGUUGAGGCUGGAUUUGAAGCAUGAGAUUGGGUUUUGACUGAAAUAGCUUAUUCCAUACUUGGUUUGUAGUUGGUCUUCAAACAGAUUGAGCUAUAUUAAGGUUUUGAGGUAGAUGGCUAUGUGGGAGACCCUGAGAACUUGCACAGAUUGAGACUAAAAGAAGCAAUUGUGGUUUGGAAUUAGGCUGCUAACAUUUGCACUAGUCUAAAAGAAGCAAUUGCGGU